AUGUCCCCAUGCAAUGGGACCAGCUUCUUCCAGCGCAGUGCUAAGUUGGUCCAUGUGGUGCUGUGUGAAGGCCACAUCCUUGACAUCAAGACCACACCCUUGAUCACCCUCACCAGUGGCCUCAUGGUGAAGGAAGAUGAGUUUUAUGAGCAGAACGUGGUGUUGAAUCUGGCCAGCCUGUUUGAGCUAUCCCCAGACAACAUCAGGGUCAUCAGUGUUAUGCAGGAGCUCUCCAAGAGACAGCAGGGAAGGCUGGAGGCUGAAGUGGCCAGCGCUCACACUACAAGCCUGAAUGGCGAGGAGGAGGAGGGAGCAAUUGGUGGGGAGGUGAUUCCCUACAAGAAGCUGGUGCAGAGUCUGGAGAAGGCCGUCAAUAGAUUCCAGGAUGGAUCAUGUAGCAACUGUGUGAGUGACCCCAUCGAGCCACCACCCAAGGAAGCCCUUCCAAAGGCCACAGAGGAGGAAGGCAGUGUUGUCAUUCUGGAUGCCAAGCUGUUCUACAAGCAGCAGGAGAAGGAGGUGGCAGAGAAGAUCAAGGAGAGCCUGGCAGUGACUGAGUAUGCCAAGCCAUCCAGUGCAUUGGUGCUGAGUGGUAUGUCCAGCAGUGUGGUGCAGUACACAGUGUUUGAAAUGCAGCUGUCCUUUACUGUGCUGGAUACAGAGGGAUUUUAG